AAGCAUAAACACACACAGACAAACUGAGAAACACAGUGUGUGUUAGUGUGUGUGUGUUAGUGUGUGCAUUGUACUGCCAUGUUGCCUUCCCUGCAAAAGCAAACUACUGUGCCAAGGGAGGGACAAGUACAAGCUGUUAUCUACUGUAAACACACACACGUAGGACGCACACAUGCACACACACUUACAAACUCAGGACGCACACAUACACACGCUCGCUCAGGACGGAUUGACCUCACAGAGCUGUAGCAGGUUCCGUGAAAGAGCACUCCCAGGGUUUGGCAGGCAAACCGUGUCCAUGUAAUAUUUAUCACCGUCAAACUGCAGCGGGCGGAGAGGCCGCGUGCAUGUCACCAGGGGUGGGCGGGGACCGGACGCGCUCUUCAUCCUUCCACCUGAGCGGUUGGCACCGCGUGCACGCAUGCGUCGAGCGAUCCAGUCCACCGUUCACACAACCGGUGGCGGUUAGAAGGCUUGGUUUGUGCGCGGGGUGCUUGGAGUCCGACGGGAGAGGGAUUCCGUUUCUACAUUAUACGAGUUAUUUUUUACAGAACGUUUCCACGGUAGUAGCCAGUGUUAACGAGCUCCGCCUCCAGACUCCUCUGGUAUUUGAAGUAACCAUGGGGAUGUCGCGUCAUCAUCGUCCCCGCCAAAGCCUCUCUCGUAACCGUAGUAACCUUUCAGACUGUCCGGAGUCCCUCUGAAACGCCCCCGGCGAGUCCUCGGCCAAUCCCUGCUGGGAUGCAUGUGAUGAGCAGCAUCUCGGCGGCCAAUGAGAAAGAGAGCUUCCAGGAAGAGGGUGCGGUCGCCGUGGUGAUGUCUUUGCCCCCAUCCAGCAGAAUUUCUGUAACCGACGGCAACCUGGCCAAGGCCCCACCCCCUCCCCCUCCUCCCCCCCCACCCCCUCCUCCACCUCCUCCCCCUGGACAGGCAGUGAUAAAGAAGAAGAGGAGAGUAAGAAGUUUCUUUUGGAAGACCAUUCCUGAGGACAAGGUUCGAGGGCGGGACAAUGUGUGGACUCAGGAACCAAUCAGGCAGCAGUACCAGAUAGACGUGCACACCAUCGAGGAGCUGUUUGGACAGGCCGACUGUCAAUCACCUGGGGUUACCACGACAACCAGGGGCAGCAAGACGCAUGCAUCCUUCAGGGAGACCAAGGAGAUCAGUAUUCUGGACUCUAAGAGAGGGAUGAAUGUUGGGAUUUUCCUAAAGCAGUUCAAAAAGUCAAACCAGGCCAUAAUAGAAGAUAUUUGCCAUGGCAACAGUGAGUUCUAUGGAGCAGAGCCUCUUAAAGAGCUGUUUAAACUCUUACCUGAGUCAGAGGAGGUGGAGAAGCUGAAGGACUUCAGAGGAGACGUCUCUAAACUCUCGCUGGUCGACUCCUUCAUGUUCCUGCUCAGCCAGGUGCCUAGUUUUGAAGUGAGGAUCGAGGCCAUGGUGUUGAAGGAGGAGUUUCCCAGAGCCUGUGAAUCCAUGAUCAGAGACAUCGUCAUUCUACGGACGGCUGUGAAAGAGCUGCAGGAAUGUGAGCAGCUUCAUGCUGUUCUGCACCUGGUCCUCCAGGCUGGAAACAUCCUCAACCAGGGAGGGCAUGCUGGGAAUGCUGUGGGCUUCAAGCUCUCCUCCCUGCUCUCUCUGGCCGACACCAAAGCUAACAGGCCCGGCAUGAACCUGCUGCACUUUGUGGCCCUGGAAGCCCAGAAGAAGGAUGAAGAUCUGCUGGAGUUCCCAUUCAAGCUGCCUCACGUCCAGAGAGCCACAAGGAUCUCCAUAGCCGUCCUGGACUCUGAUGUCCAGUUCCUCACAUCCCGCACGCGCUCAGUAGAGGAACAGAUUCAACAUGAGACAGAGCUGCUCCAGCAGCUAAACACCAUCCUCCAGGGCUCCAGAGCAGCGCUGAGUGAGGUGAGGAGCAGUAGGCAGCAGCUGCAGCAGGAGGGGAACGCUCUGGUGGACUUCUUCUGUGAAGACAGAGACACCCUCCCCCUGGACGAGUGCUUCAAGAUCUUCCACGAGUUCUGCCUCAAGUUCAGAUGUGCUGUCAAGGAGAACCAGGAGCGUGAGCUCCGAGAGGCGGCGCGUUGCCGUCAGUUACGGGAGCUGGAGGAGAAACGCCACUCGUGGGCGGGCGGCGAGGAGGUGGGCGGAGCCUACGGCCUUCGCUGCAGCAGCGAGGCCGACAUGGGGGUGGCGCUCACCCGGGACGAGGGGCUUAUCCAGCUGCUCAGCCCCGCCCCUCGAUCCCCGCUCAGCUCCCACAAUGCCCUGGGGCGUUCCGGAAGCCUGCGGCGUUCCCGCCACUCUGCAUCCUCCAUCGCUGAACGUCAGCUCACCAGCCUCCUGACCUCUGACCUGCUGACCUCUAACCUCCUGGCCGGCCGGUCACCAGGUGCUCAGAGGAGGUCGACCCCCUACUCCUUUCCAGAGGUCAGGAGGCCUCAAAGCCAGGGGCUGGUGGUACUCAGCCAAGCCCAGAGCCUGCAGCCUGGGCCGGGGCAGCCAGCAGGGAGCGCCCCUUCCUCUCCAGGGGACAAGGGAGGCUUCAGACACAGCAGCACUGAAGGAGGAGUUGAACGCAACCACAACCUCUCUACAUCCUCAAACACUGACCACCACCAGACCUCAGAGAAUGACCACAAACCCAACCUUACAAACCCGGCACUCAAAAGCGACCUUAACCCUACCUCUGAACCCGACUCCGCCCACAGGCGAAGCGUAGAGACCACGACCGCCCCCAGAUCAGACUGUGACCCCGUUCUGAAACCUGACCCCAACUCCGCAUUCAACCCCGACCCCGACUAUAACCACGGCAACAGCGUCAUCGCCACGACAACUCCCCUGAGCGUGGCGGUGGACAGACGCACCCUGACCCCUGGGCCCAGAACCUUCCACCCCGCCCCCAACCCUCGCCGCCCCAGCGACCGUCUCCACGGCGACCAGGCGGAGGCUCCCAGAGGGUCUGUCGUCAUGGACACACAGCUGAUUUCUGAGGGGGAGGAGGGGGAGGUGGGGGAUGACCUUACUUCCUGCAUUAUCACAGACUCCCCAGCCAAUCACAGGCCUUUACAGUCUCAACCCACCAAUGAGCAAUCGGUGCCUACACUCACCAGUGACCAACCAGUGCCUGUUUCCUCCAAGGAGUCUUCACUUCCUGCCUCCUCGACCAAUGAGCUGCCAGGAGACUCGACCUCCACCAAUCACAUGCCUGCUCCAGUGACUGGAGCUGCCUCUAAACAUGAGGGGAGAGAGAUGGAGACCAGGGGAGCCUCUGAAGCCCCCCAGAAGUCCCCCUCCAAGACCAGCCCUCACCCCGAGCCCCCCUCCAAGACCAGCCCUCUCCCCGAGCCCCCCUCCAAGACCAGCCCUCUCCCCGAGCCCCUCUCCAAGACCAGCCCUCCCCCAGAGUCCCUCUCCAAGACCAGCCAGCCCCCCGAGCCCCCCUCCAAGACCAGCCCUCCCCCCGAGCCCCCCUCCAAGACCAGCCAGCCCCCCGGGCCCCCACAGCCCAGCCACCGUCCCGUCCGCACCCUGACCGAUUCAGAGAACCAGGGGAUGAGGCGGGUGGUUCCCAUCUCAAAGCCCAGCCGCAGAGCCUCCUCCCUGGGGAAGCGUGCAGAGAAGCCCCCUGGUCCCCAGACCUCCAUCCAGAGGAGCGGCAGCGUCUCCCGCAGACCCAGCCAGGACCUGAAGGACCCCCGGGGUACGGGCGUCCAGGGACGUGCCCGCGAGCCCAGAGAUCAGACCUCCAGCUCCCUCCAGAGACGGCCGUCCGUCCGGAAGCCUGCGGUGCGGGCCCCCAGACCCCCCCCGGAGGAGAAGAUGUGCCGGGCCACACUGAGGGCCCUGGCCCAGGCGGGGGGAGGCAGGGGAGGCAAAAGCAGCCUCAGUGCCCCCCCCACCCCCUCCCACCGAUCCUCCUCUCCCUCCUCUUCCCCCUCCCCCAGCUUCGCUAGGAACACCGCCUCCUCGUCCUUCAGACAAAACAGCUCCUCCCUCGCCCCCUCCCUCGCCCCCUCCCUCACCCCCCCUGCCGGACAAUCCCCCAAAUCCUCCCCCCGAGCCUCCCCCUGGUCCUCCCCCCUCUCAAGGGCUGGCUCUCUCAGGCUCCAGAGGUCUGCCCCCCCCGGGAGCCCCCCAGGGCCGGACAGCUCCCUCAGGAGAAGUCAGAGCAUCCGUGGCCCCUCCCGCUCCCCCCUCCACCCCCCUGUCUCCCCCCUCCCCCCCUCCCUGGGUUCUCUAGCGUCUCCUAGGAGACACCUGAGGAAGAACAGCGCCAGCUACUCGGACAAGUCUGAUACCUCCUCCAGCAGCAGGACCCUCAAACCCACCUGGAGAUAACCUCACCUGGAGAUAACCCACCUGGAGAUAACCCACCUGGAGAUAACCCAUCUGGAGAUUAACUCACCUGGAGAUAACCCACUUGGAGAUUAACUCACCUGGAGAUAACCCACUUGAAGAUUAUCUCACCUGGAGAUAACCCACCUGGAGAUAAACUCACCUGGAGAUAACCCACUUGGAGAUAAACUCACCUGAAGAUAACCCACUUGGAGAUAACUCUGGUGUCUCCACCUGGAGACGAGUAACCACACUUCUCCUGUACACACAUCAUCUGACUCUCACACACUCAUACACACACUCACACACACUACUCCUAAAGGCUUUGUUCCACCAACACUAGUCUCUCCUCCUCUUCCUCCACCCUCCUCCUGCUUGUUCAUCUAGAGAGAGAGGAUCUAGAUUCUAGUUUUUGUUUGGUUAUGUCGUGUGUCUGUUUAUAGGAGUGUAAUAUAAUAAUAUACAUGUUUGUCGAGAGCUCCAAGCUCCUGUUAUCGCAUCCGACAUUCACAGACUGCCUCUUCACAGAGUAGCCCAUGGAAUUUUAUUUGAUUAUUUAUCAAAGUUUUAAUCAGUAAACAUGUAAGUACUUGAUUGAUUUCUAGAGAAGAUGUGUCUUGUGACAAAGGGCUUUUCUUGAAAAAAAAAAUCCAGCCAACAUUCCUUGUAUGUAUCUUAUGCUUGUAUGUCGGUUUGUAUGAGUAUAUGUUUAUAUAAGUGUUUAUACGUAUAUAUAGCACUUUAAUAUCUAACAGACAAUAAAAUGUUGAUUACUCUGUUGUCUUUCA